AUGGCGCCCAGGAUCAUCGCCCUGCACGCAGGUCUUCUCUUUGACUCCAAGACCAAGGCUUUCAGGCAGAAUGUAUCUAUACAGGUCGACACCGAGACGGGCACCAUUGCCGAUGUCUUUGAGCGAGAUGCCUCUGCGGACAAGGCCAUCAAGCCCAGUGACAUAGACCUUCGAUCCAAGGUCGUUAUGCCAGGCUUCGUCGAUGCGCACACUCACAUUUUCCUCCAUUCCUACGAGGAGCGCCCGGCUCAAGAGCAGAUGCGCGACGAGAGCAUCGUCGAGCGAACUGUCCGCGCGACCAACCAUGUUCGUCGCGCCCUACUUUCCGGAUAUACCACAUAUCGCGAUCUGGGCUCCGAGGGGAUGGGCUCGUUCGACGCCAAUCUCAGGGACACCAUCAAUCGCGGGCUCAUUCCGGGCCCGCGACUCUUCGUUGCGACGCACGCACUGACCAGUACGGGCUCCUAUGAGAUGCGUACCGAAAACGCAGCCAAUGGUGUAGCUGGACCGACAAUAUCCAACUCGUGUGAUGGGCCGACCGGCGUCCGGAGAGCAGUUCGCAGGAGAGUUGCCGAUGGUGCGGAUGUCAUCAAGUUUUACGCCGACUACAGGAGGAAGAUUAUGAGGUUUCCACCGGUACAGACUCAUCCAUACAUUGGCGGCAUGCCCUUUCCGCCUAGGGAUGCGAACCCUCAGGUCGUCAUGUUCACGCAAGAGGAGAUGGAUUGCAUCGUCGAGGAGGCGAGGCUCGCUGGGCUUCCCGUGGCCUGCCAUGCAGGAACUGCCAGGGGUGCCAUCAUGGCCGCCAAGGCUGGCGUUACAUCGAUAGAGCACGGAUCAGAAGGCGGGGACGAACUGCUCAAGGAGCUAAGGAGGCACAACACCAUCCUGGUCCCAACUCUUGCAGCCACCGAAGCCAUCCGCAAGGACCAGGUAGAAGCGGCCCAACGGCAAGCCAAGCGCGCGUUUGACAUGGGAGUUCGCUUGGCCGCCGGCGGCGACACUGGCACGUUCAACCACGGGCAAGGCGUCCGGGAGAUGGAGCUCCUGAUUGAGGCGGGAAUUCCAGUGGAGGAAGUUCUAGAAGCCUGCAUGGUGGGCGGCUGGGAAGCCUGCGGCGGCGACGCCUGCGGCUUCCGCUUCGGAUGGCUUGCAAAGGGCAGCCGCGCCGACAUCGUCGCCUUGGACGCGGACCCGCGCGAGGACAAGCAGGCGCUGCGCAAAGUGAGCUUCGUGAUGAAGGACGGCAAGAUCUGGAAGCACGCGGGCGUUCCUGUCGGCGUUAUCGAGCCGAUAAUGCAGGAGUCGGGACAAGACGACCCGACGUGGCAGCUAAUCUAA